UCCUCGAAGAAAGUCACUUUCCUGCAGAAUGUGCGAUACUCGGGCGUUUCGUCGGCAUUGCAAAGAUUUUUAUUUCGAGGAUGACGACAAGACAACGGAUAGUCCUGGGCAUCUGUAUGUCCGAAUUCCAGAGGUUCUCGAUCCCCACUACGGCAUGUAUGUCUGGCCCUGUGCAGUGGUCCUGGCUCAGUAUGUUUGGCAUCACAAGGAGCACGUGAUUGGAAAAAGCAUGUUGGAGAUUGGAGCUGGUGUUGGUUUGCCAGGAGUGGUGGCUGCAAAGUGUGGGGCCAAAGUCAUUUUAUCUGACAGUGCCAGGUUUCCUGCUUGUCUGGAGAAUAGCCAAAGAAGCUGUGAGGCCAAUGGUCUCUCAGAUGUUGUUGUGUUGGGGAUUACUUGGGGCCAGGUGUCCCCCGAGCUUCUUGACCUUCCACAACUGGACAUUGUACUCGGAUCGGAUGUCUUCUUUGAACCCGAAGAUUUUGAAGAUGUUAUGAUGACGAUUUAUUUUCUUCUGAAGAAAAACCCAAAGGCUCAGUUCUGGACGUCAUACCAAGAAAGAAGUAGUGACUGGUCCAUUGAAGCAAUCCUGCAGAAGUGGGAUUUACAGUGUGUUCACGUCCCUUUGGAGCUGUUCAAUGCAAACAAGGAAUGCUUAGCACAAUCUAAUUUACCUGGCAGACACAGUGUGCAGAUGAUCAUCAUCACAUUGAAAGACACACACAUUUGAUUUGGGUUGAUGGUGAACAAUGGCCAUAGCUGCUAUGCAAUGCAAUUUAAAUUCCAACUUGCAAAAUCAAUAAGGACAGUAAGAGAGAAAAAAGACGGUUCAGCAGUGGACACCAAGUGUUCAAGCUGUAAAAAUAAAAAUGAACAGAGCUUGUCACCUGGAGCAAAAUCAAAUGAGAUUUCUGUGAAGUUUCUCUACCACUGAGGAAUGGCUCAGGUCAUUUUUUGAAUCGUAACUGUACAAAACAAUUGGAGAAAGUAGGGGUUUUAGGCCUAAUUUCAUAGAAGCCACUACAAAAAAGUUGGAUCAUAUUUAAUGGGAAAUAUUAUAAAAAGUCAGAGGUAACUUUACCAUCAGAGUUACAGGUUUUUAGCCAUAGCAUUCUUUUACUUCAAGACCAAACCAUGCUACUGGGUGUCUAGUGAGGGCUGUUCAUUUUGUCACAGACCCCACUAACUAGCUGUUUAAUGCAUAAAACACAUUUUGGUGCAGCAAGCAGGCUCACCAACACCUCUACUUCAACAGAUGAUGAAUUUCAUAUUUUUGGCUCUGCGUGCCACCACAAUGGAUUUGAAAUAAAGCAAUCAUUAUGUGAUUGAAGCUUU